AUGAAGAAACGUUAUGUGGAUGCAAGCAAGCUACGGAAAAUGAAAAAGAUAAAAAUUACGGAGGAGAUAUCUGAAAGCGCUUACACCUUUCUGAAGUUUAUGAUUGUGUGGACUCUGGUGCUCCUGGCAGAUUUUAUACUGGAGUUUCGAUUGGAAUACCUGUGGCCCUGUUGGCUAUUCUUCAGGAGCGUCUACACCACUUUCCACUGCCAUGGGCUGGUGAUUUGUGUGGUGUUUGUGUGUGCGGCGUUCACCCUGGACAUCUUUUGUUUCAUUUUUGUUCCCCUCCACUGGUUGUUCUUCGCAGCCAGCACCUAUGUCUUAUUCAAUUACAUUUGGCACACAGAGAAAGGCAUCUGUAUGUCAACGGUGUCCCUGUGGGUGUCCCUGUGGGUGAUGCUGGUGUACACGGAUGCUUCGUUGAGGCUCAAAGAUCUGAACAACUCCCACGCCAACCUGUCUCAUCUCUUCGCCGCGCACUGGCUGGAGCAGGAGAUGAGGAGGCUGAAGGGCGAGCUGCAGGCCAGCAGACAAGGUGAGCAGGAGCUGCGCAGCCACGUCUGCAACCUGACCAACAGCGAGCACAGCCUGAGGCCCGAGGUGUCUCUGCUCAGGCAGAACAACGAGCUGCUCCAGAGCAAGAUCUUGUCUCUGACCAAGACCAAGCAGAAAGAUAAGCAGAUCAGCGCCGUGCUAGAGAAGAAGACCAGAGCAGAGACAGAGGCCAGGCUCUCCAUAGAGAAACAGCUGGCCGAACUCCAGGCUCAGAAACUAGAGGAGGCGGCCAUCUUAGCUCGUAGUAGUCUACCAAACAGGCAGGAACACUCUGUGACCCUAAUGUUAAGGAAAAAAGAAAAAGAUCUAGAGACAGAGUACAAACAACUACAGCUGGAGAGUCAAGGGAAAGAGGGCCGUCUAAUAGCUCUAGUGAAUGAAGUGGAGGCCCUGGGGAAGUAUCGUUGUGUUGAACAGGAGGAGCAGGAUGUGCUGCUCUCUGCCCUGUCAGCCCUGCAGGACAAGGCUCAGCACCUGGAGUACAACCUGAGCGCCGAGACGCGUAUCAAACUGGACCUGUUCUCAGCCCUGGGAGACACCCGCAGGCAGCUGGAGAUAACACAAGGAAAAGUGCUCAAGCAGGAUAAGGAGAUUGGCGAGAUGAAACGGAAGAUCGCCGAGGUCAUGGCCGUCAGUCCUGGCAUGUCCUUCAUGACGCCGCGGCCCGCCGUACCGCAGUACCUCACCAAGUUCCUCAACUCAGAGCGCUAUGUGCUCAACCCACGGGCGCUGAUGUACCAGUGUCUUAAGAAAUAA